AUGUCCAAGAAAGGCUUCGAAAAAGUUACGAAUGAAGAAUUUUCCUUACCUCAUUGUCAAUUGGUCUUUGAGCACCUUGCGAAAUUUCAUGCACUAUCUUUCUAUAUGCACAACGAAUUAAAUAUAGAUUUGUCAAUGUUUGAUAAUUUCACUGGCAAAGAAAUAAUAGGAAAUAUUCCAAUAGUAUCAACAACUUACCAGAUAUUUAUGGAAGUAGCAAAAAACUGGGAUGGAGGUUCUGAAUUUGUGGAAAAAAUGAAGAAAUUUCAACCUUAUUACAUCGAAGCCAUAAAGAAAUUGACAGAAAUUGAUCCAGUGGAAAAUAAAUUUCUUGUAAUAAGCCAUGGCGAUUGCCACAAACAUAACUACCUUUUCCGGAAAAAUAUGGAAGAAUGCUCAAUUAUUGAUCAUCAAAUGGUAUCGUGGAUCGGUCCUGGAUACGAUCUCAUUGGAGCACUAAACACAUUUUGUGAACCAAAAGAUAAUUUUGUUAACAGAGAAUUCCUCUUGAAAUGCUACCACAGAGAAUUCAAACGAUGUCUCAAAACAAUGAAUUUUUCUCAUAAAAUCCCCACACUUUUUGAUGUUCAUAUGGAAGUUUUAAAAAACGGUUUAACAGACUUACUCUUUUGGACAGUAUACGUUCCUUUAGGAUCGAUGGACAACUCACCUGAAAACACCAAAAGUUUUCUAGAACGAUACAAAGAUGCCCUCAAUACUCCUCGGCAGAAGGAACUCUCAAAAUUCUUUACAACUUUUAUAAAUCGAGGAUAUUUUGACUGUGAAGAAGACGAAACAUAACCGAAUGUCCAGGAAUAUCAUAGA